AUGGCCAAUGAAACCUCCUCGAUCGUUAUGAAAGCAGACUUGUCGCUGUUGGAAUGGACCCAUCGUCGUAGGAAGGCAAUCAUCGUCGUCAAAACAGCCCACCACCGUCGGAACAGUCCCACAAUCGUCAAAAGCAGCCCUUUCAUCGUUGUAACAACCUCAACACCUUUGGAGCAGUCCCACCAUCGUCGGAGCAGCCCCACUAUCGUCGGAGCAGCCCCACCAUUGUCAGAGCAGCCCCACCAUCGUUGA